AUGUCUACCCUCCCGCUUAUUUUAUUUUCAUUUCCGUCUGUUCUCACGGACAAUACACAGUAUACCCUCCGGCUUUUUUAUUUUCAUUUCCCUUUAGGGUUAAUAUUUAUCUGUUCUCACGGGCAACUGUAUACCCUCCCGCUUAUUUUAUUUUCAUUUCUCUAUAGGCUUAAUAUUCAUCUGUUCUCACGGACAAUGCACAAUGGGGAUCUGUUCUCACGGGCUUAUACCCUCCCUUUAUUUUUUUUUCAUUUCUCUAUAGGCUUAAUAUUCAUCUGUUCUCACGGACAAUAUGUAUACCCUCCCUUAUUUUAUUUUUCAUUUCCCUUAGGGUUAAUAUUUAUCUGUUCUCACUUUAACUCCCUCCUUUAUUUUAUUUUCAUUUUUCAUUUCAUCUGUUCUCACGGACAAUACAAUGUCAUAUUAUUUUAUUUUUUAAUAUCUGUUCUCACGGACAAUGCACAAUGUAUACCCUCCCGCUUAUUUUAUUUUCAUUUCCCUUUAGGGUUAAUAUUUAUCUGUUCUCACGGGCAACUGUAUAACCUCCUGCUUAUUUUUUUUCAUUUCUCUAUAGGCUUAAUAUUCAUCUGUUCUUCUCAAUGA